CACAUUAUACGCACACACGUACACUGUAUAUGUAUAUGCAUCCUUGUUGGGUCAGUUAAUCGCCCCCACUUGUGUAGCGGUCUGGAAUGUGAACCUGCAUCCUGCCUAGCAGCGAGUACCAGGCUGCCACCGUCCACAAAGGAUCCUUAGACCCUCGGAGUCUGCGAGUGAUGUGAAAAAAAAAAUUAAAAACGUCUCGAGCGCCAUUUUGUAUAAAUAAGUGCGUGUUGCGAUUUUUUUUCUCUUCUUUCGGGCAAAAAUCCGCUUACACCGAGUCCUCGUGUUGUGAAGUGCCACUAUUGAUACCCGUUAACGAAUUGUCUGUACAACCGAUCGACGUCAUUUAUUUUUGUUUCGUUCGGCCGUUGUUCCGUUCUUGUCAACAGCUUACUGACAGUCGUCAGCCUCGACUUCGCGUGCCCAGAUUAAACAAUGAGCUAUCAAUCUCGAGGAAUGCCCAGUAACAUGGUGAACCCGAUCAACGAGACAAUGGAUAUCAAAGAUCCGUCUCUGGUAUGGCAACAAAGUGGCCAGUAUUUACCAGAUUCCGGUAUACAGUCUGGAGGAAGCACCCAGACUCAUUCUAUAACUACCAAGGAAGAUGACAUGGAAAGAGACAGACUUUUGUUUGAUCUUGACCAAGGGUUUCCACAAUCUUUUCCUCAGGAACAAGUUGAUGGUAUGAAUCAACAUUUAGGCCAGACGUGUGGUGAAAAUUUAGAUGAUGAAGUUGAAAUGCCUGCUCAAUUUAAUGUAAACAGUGCGGCAAAUGUACAAAAUAUGACUGGACCAAGCCAAAUGUUAAAAUAUGCUGUUGUCAAUUUGAUCAAUUAUCAAGAUAACGCUGAACUUGCAACCUGGGCUAUUCCAGAGUUAAUUAAAUUAUUGAAUGAUGAGGAUCAAGUUGUUGUAUCACAAGCUGCUGUUAUGGUUUAUCAGCUUUCUAACAGAGAAGCUGCCUUGCAUGCAAUUAUAAAUAGCCCACAAAUGAUUGCUACCUUAGUGAAAUCCAUAUCUAAUAGCAAUGAUUUAGAAACCACUAUUGGUGCUGUUGGAACAUUACGUAACUUGUCUAAUCACCGGCAUGGUCUAUUAGCAAUUUUCAAGAGUGGAGGAAUACCAGCUUUAGUUAAAUUAAUGAGUUCUCCAGUUGUAUCUAUUUUACGAGAUGCUGUGAUUACUAUUCAUAAUUUACUUUUGCAUCAAGACGGUUCGAAAAUGGCUGUUCGUGUUGCGGGUGGUUUGCAAAAGAUGAUAUCUUUAUUAACAUUCAAGUCAAAUAGUCAUUCUAUUACUGUAAAGUUUUUAACAAUUAUAACUGACUGUCUACAUAUAUUAGCUUGUGGUAAUCAAGAAAGUAAAUUAAUAAUAUUGGCUGCACAAGGACAUGUUGAGCUUGUGCGUAUUAUGCGUUCAUUUAAUUAUGAAAAAUUACUGUGGCUUACUUGUCGAGUUCUUAAAGUCCUAUCAGUAUGCUCACGUAACAAACCAGCUAUUGUAGAAGCAGGUGGAAUGCAAGCUUUAGCAAUGCAUCUUCAACAUGAUAGUCAGCAAUUAGUGUACAAUGUAUUGUGGACUUUGAGAAACUUGUCAGAUGCUGGAACAAAGGUUGAUGGAUUAGAACAACUUCUGCAAUCUUUAGUAGCAGCAUUAGGCCAUUCAAAUAUUAAUAUUGUAACAUGUGCUGCUGGUAUAUUAUCAAAUUUAACAUGUAAUAAUCAAAGAAAUAAAUUGACUGUGUAUCAAUUUGGAGGUGUUGAAGCUCUUGUUCGUGCAAUUAUGAAUGCUGAAGAUAACGAAGAGAUUACUAAACCUGCUGUUUGUGCUCUGAGACAUAUAACAUCAGGGCAUGCUGAGGUUGAAAACUCUCAGAAUUCAUUUUGUCGAACAGGUGGUAUUCAAGUCAUAGCCAAGCUUUUGCAACCAUCUUCACAUUGGCCUCUUAUUAAAGCUGUAAUUGGUUUAAUAAAAAAUAUAGCUCAAUGUAAAGCAACACACGGACUUCUUCGUGAACACAAUGCCAUACAUAAUUUAGCUGGACUUUUAAUGCGUGCUUUCCAAGAUCUUCAAAAUCAUUCAAAUACUAGUGUGAAACCUGAAGAAGUCAGAAUGGAAGAAGUUAUUGAAUGUGUUACAGGAACUUUACAUAUAUUAGCUAAAGAAUCACAAAGUCGAUCAAUAAUGCGUUCUCAACAAGGAUUUAUGUCUGUAUUAAUACAGUUAUUAUUUAAUAACUUUGAAAAUAUACGACGUUUGGCAGCCGAUACAUUAAAUGAAUUAGCUGCGGAUAAAGAAGGUGCUGAUAUGAUAGAAGCUGAAGGUGGAACCGCUUCUCUUAAUGAAUUAUUACAUUGUGGAAAUGAAGCUCUUGCUACAUGUGCAGCUGCUAUACUAUCCAGGGUUUCUGAACAUAAAUUACAAAAAUGUCUUUCCAUGGAACUUACUAGCUCAUUGUUUAGUGAAGAUCAAAAUUUAUGGCCAUCUGGUGACCUUGGUAUAGCACCAGAUUUGCAGGACAUGAUAGGUGUGAACGAGUAUGAUAUAUAUGGUCAAGGAUUGAGCACUGUCUACAGUGGUGUAGGGUCACCCAAACACAGUGCUUCAGGGUAUGACACGCUACCCUUAGAUUCAAUGGAAGGAUUAGAAAUUUGUCCUCCACAAGAUUCCAGUUAUGGUUCUACAGUUCAUUUAUUUGAAUGAAACAAAAAUGUAUUUGUAUGAAUAAUGUAAUAAUAAAAAUAAUCUAAAAUUUUGUUUGAAA